AUGUGGUCCCCUUCCAUCCAACGAAUCAUCAUAACUACCGUAAUCCUACUAUUCCUAAUCAACUUCUUCUUUCUAAAAAGGUCCCUAAAACCGUCUUCCAAAGGGACGCGAGAUUUAGAAGACGUCGAAAUUUUCAAUUUCAUCGAAGAAAUCAAUAAUUUGUGGUUUGACGAGGGAGAGGAGAAACGAUACGAGUUGUAUAGGAAUAUUCCAGCAGGCUCAGCAGUUUCCAGUAAGCUAGCGGCAAUCGACGCAUCAAAAACGGCAAUUUGUGAGACGGAUACAUUCAUUGGUCAACAAGUUCUAUGUAGUUUUGAAGAGAAGAGAGAUGAAGAGACAUCAUGUGAUAGUGAUUCACUUCAACAUUACUCGGAUUUCGAUGAUUUCGAACGAGAGAACGAGCUGGAUUCGAAUUUCACGAAUUGGACGAUUCUAUUCGCGAGACGGGAUCCCAUCGAGCGAUUUAUCGAUCAUUUAUGGAUUAUUGUAGAAGACCGCCCUUGUUUCCAAUGUCGUCUAGAUCUUCGCUGUUAUCUUAACAAUGUGUACUCAGUUUUGGAUAAUCUACGUAUUACAAAAGCCAAACCAACUGAUGAGCAAUUGAAAUAUGUCCCUCAACACUGGUUUUGUCAACUGGAGACUAAAAAAGAGCGAUUUCAAAUUAUCGAUUAUUCACUUUUUGUGGAUCCUAAGGAUUCUGAGAAUUCCGCAAAGCUAAAAAAGAUUCCCGAUGCCGAUGAGAUAUUCGCUGAAAAUCGGUCGUCCUAUGAGAAAAUUCGAAAAUUCUACACCGUAUUCUUGCAUAGCCGACCGGAUGUGCUGGAUUUAUUCGUAAAAACGUAUUAUUGGGAUUAUUUAAUGCUGAAAAUGCCCCUUCCAGAGCCGAAAGUCGCCGAAGUCCGAGAUUAUAAGGAGGGAUGGCAUUGA